UCUGGCUUGUCGGGGGCACUGUGUUGCGGUGUCGUACUGGCACGGCCACUCGCUGAGCCUGAGCUGACGCGCGCGGCUUCUUGGGUGUGAGUGUGACCUCCGAAGGCCAAAGAGCGCAGGCUGGAGAAGUCGAUGGUGGUGGACCACGAGUCCGGGAAGAGCGUGGAGAGCGAGGCGAGGACCAGCUCCGGAGUGUUCCUUACCAAGACGCAGGAUGAAGUCGUUGCAAGAAUAGAGGAACGGAUUGCAGCUUGGACCUUCCUUCCACCAGAAAACGGCGAAUCCAUUCAAGUACUACGCUAUAAGAAUGGUGAGAAGUACGAGCCACAUUUUGAUUACUUCAAUGAUAAACAGAAUCAACUUAUCGGGGGCCAACGAAUUGCCACUGUACUCAUGUACCUGUCCAAUGUUAAGAUGGGCGGAGAGACCAUCUUCCCAAUUUCAGAGGACCAGCUGACACAGGAGAAAGACGAUACAUGGUCCGAAUGUGCAAAAUUGGGUUAUGCAGUUAAACCGGUAAAGGGUGACGCGUUGCUGUUCUUCAGCCUCCAUCCCAACGCGACAACGGACACGAAGAGCCUGCAUGGGAGCUGCCCCGUCAUCGAGGGCGAGAAGUGGUCGGCGACGAAAUGGAUCCAUGUGCGAUCCUGGUCCUCCGGUUUCCCGAAGGCAAGGACGGGUGGUUGCCAAGACGAAGAUGAUAUGUGCCCAAGGUGGGCUGCGGCCGGCGAGUGCGCGAAGAACCCAGAGUACAUGGUGGGUACCAGAGCCUCGCCUGGUUCCUGCCGGAAGAGCUGUAAUGUGUGUAGACUGUUAAGUGUAGCUGUGAACUUCUGAAUUCAAUGGCUGAUGAUCAAAAUAAAAAGAAAUGCUG